GAAACAAAAAUGAAAGGCAAGCCCUCACACGAUGCGACCUUAUUAGAAAGUGGUCUGACGUUGUAUAUUAGUCAAGUUACUUCGUUACAUUUGCUGCAACAGAUUUAAACUGUGCUAUAUUAAUGUCACAAUUUAAAACCGCAACCUGACGGACUUUAAGACCCGUGGCGAUGACCUUACAUAGCGAAAGUUGCAUUCUCCUUUUUCUGUGAGAAAUGUUUUUUUUUUUAAUCCACGUUAUUGUACGACCGUUCUUCAUACAGUACGGUCGUAAUCCAGUGCCUCGGAUGGAUCCGUAGGCUAUAUCCAGCCGCAGGGUGUCCUCGCAGUGCCUUCAUGAGCCGAUAGACUAGGCAAGUAGUGCAUACGGUCCAAGCUUUCCGGAAGAGAGGGUGUGAAAUAUGGGACAAUUUUCAGGUCGGCAGCAGAGCAUACAAUACACCGGUGUAGUACAUUGUGGGGAUGCAUGUACGUGAUGCGACUGUAGUGCUUUCACUGCUUGUCAGGGGCAGCUACUGUUCUAUCCGGGCUCGUCUGCUUACGAUAGUAAUUUAGAGUGUCGGCACUGUAUGUUUACGGACAGUGAACCUGGAUAUCCCCGAAUUUCAUCCCAGCGGCAGAAAAGCAGUGGACCACUUGAUUGGACUGUAUCCAGCUGAACCAGUACAAGCUCCAGAGUGAGAUCGGAAAGGGUUCCUACGGUGUGGUGAAACUCGCCUACAACGAAGAAGACGACAAAUAUUAUGCCAUGAAGAUGGUAUCGAAGAAGAGGCUGAUUAAACAAUGUGGUUUUCCACGUCGUCCACCUCCAAGGGGACCAAAAGCAGCCCUGGGCCAACAGCCAAAGAUCCUGGGCCCCCUGGAGAGAGUGUAUCAGGAGAUCGCCAUCCUGAAGAAGCUGGACCACCUCAACAUAGUGAAGCUGGUGGAGGUGUUGGAUGAUCCUGCUGAAGACAACCUUCACAUGGUGUUUGAGCUGAUGCGCAAGGGUCCAGUGAUGGAAGUGCCAACCGAAACCCCUUUCUCCGAGGAGCAGUCAAGGCUAUACUUUCGAGACAUCAUCCUGGGCAUUGAAUACCUGCAUUACCAGAAGAUCGUCCACCGCGACGUCAAGCCGUCCAACCUGCUACUGGGGGACGACGGACACGUCAAGAUCGCCGACUUCGGCGUCAGCAACCAGUUCGAAGGGAGCGACGCGCUGCUCUCCAGCACGGCCGGCACCCCCGCUUUCAUGGCCCCCGAGACUCUGACCGACAACCGCCAGAGCUUCAGCGGGAAGGCUUUGGACGUGUGGGCCAUGGGCGUGACCCUCUACUGCCUGGUCUUCGGCAAGUGUCCCUUCAUUGACGAGUACAUCCUGGUUUUACACAACAAGAUAAGGAGCAAGAGUGUGGAGUUCCCAGACUCGCCAAGCAUCAGCGAGGAGUUGAGGGCACUGAUCCUGCGCAUGCUGGAGAAGGACCCGGACGCCAGGAUCACCAUCCCAGAGGUUAAGCUGGACCAAUGGGUGACUCAGGGCGGUACUGACCCCUUGCCCCUAGAGGAGGAGCACUGCUCUAUGGUGGAGGUGACGGAGGAGGAGGUGAAGAACUCCGUCAAAUUCGUCCCCAGCCUCUCCGCAGUGAUCCUGGUGAAAGCCAUGUUGCGGAAGCGCUCCUUCAGUAAUCCCUUCGAGUGUCCCAGCAGGAGAGAGGAAAGGUCAAUGUCAGCCCCGGGCAACCUGCUGAUGAAGGGCAGUAGUGGCGACGGACCCCGCGAGCCAGAACUCGAGGACCUGCAUGAAAUCGAGCCCUCUCAGUGAACUCGGACCAAACCGUACUGGGCAUCAGUAAUCACUUUCUCUCUCAC